UGUACCACAGCCUUCUCUCUCUCUCUCUCUCUCUCUCUCCUGUUCAUCUUUCUAAACCAUUACAAUGCCCCCCAUCUUCCUCCUCCUCCUUCUCUGCCUCUUCUUAUCCUGCGCACCCCACCCAUCAUCCUCAAUCACCGCUACCGCCAUUGCCACCCACAACCGCCGCAUACUCCACCAGCCCUUUGUCCCACUAGACUCCCUACCGCCAUCCCAACCACCAUCCCCUUCACCCCCAACACCCAAAAUCCCAUUUUCUACUUCUACACCUGAUCAGCAGCAACCUUUUUUCCCAAACUACCCCUCCCCACCACCACCGCCAUCUCCACCUUCUUCCUCCUCCUUUGCCUCUUUCCCGGCCAACAUCUCCUCUCUCAUCGUCCCUCAAUCUUCUAAACCCAAAACCGUCUCCUCUAAGCUCAUUGCCACCGCAGUCGCUGCCGUUUUCGCCGCCGUCACUGUCAUUGCCAUCGUUAUUAUUCUACAAAUUCGUAAGCGAAGACACCAAACUUUUAACGAUGACAAGACUUACAGAUCCAAUACCAGUAAUCAAUCGAGCUAUGGUAACGUUAGAAGAAGUACCAGUGGGAUUCCAAAGCUGCAAAGACCUUCACAUACCAGCGCUGAGUUUCUUUAUCUUGGUACUCUGGUCAAUUCUCAGAAUGUCGUCGAAGGGCAUUCUCAUCAAAAUGGUCUUAGUAGUGGUGGUGGUGACAAUGGAAAUUCAACGAAACUGGACUCGCCGGAGCUCAGCCCAUUGCCGCCGCUUAGUGGUCAGAGUUUGAGGCAGAAUUACAGUAAUGCUCAAGGUGGGGACGAGGAAGAUGACGAGUUUUACUCUCCGAAAGGGUCUUUGACGGGUCGUGAGAGUUCAAUCGGCACUGGAUCUGCUUCGAGGAGGGCGAUUGCUGCUUUAGAGGCGGAGAAUUUCGCAGAGAGGAGUGGUAGGUCAGGCUCUUCUUCAUACUCCCCGUCGAGUUCGUGUUCGCCGGUGAGGUCAGUGUCCUUGAGCAUCUCUCCUCCGGUCAGUUUGAGUCCGAAAAAUUCGAGGCCGAAGUCGCCGGAAUUGGCUCCGGUUCAGACUGCUCCACCGCCGCCGCCACCACCUCCACCCUCGGCUCUCGUAGGGUCAUUGGUUAAUAUGAAGGAAUCUGCGUCCCCGUCGCCGCCUUCUUCAUCAUCUCCGGAGAGAGAUUUAAGGCAAAGUCAGGAUUCAUCACCGAGAUUAUCAAAUCUUUCAGAUCAGAUUUCAAAUUCUCCGGCUAGAGGUUUAAGGAAAAGCCAGGACUCAUCCCCGAGACUAUCAAAUGUUUCGGAUGAAAUUUCACAUUCCCCAGCCAGAGGUUUGAGGAAAAGCCAGGAUUCAUCACCGAGAUUAUCAAACGUUUCAGAUCAAAUUUCACAUUCUCCGGCUAGCGAUUUAAGGAAAAGCCAACAUUCCUCACCCAGAAUAUCAAAUUUUUCUGAUCGAAAUUCAUAUUCUCCGGCGAGAAUCAGUAGUUCUAUUCAGCAGGAUGUGUCCGUUUCUUUUCCAUCACCAUCACCACCGCCUCCGCCGCCGCCUGUUUCUGUUCCACCACGGUUAGUUUCUAUACCGCCACCACCUCCACCACCGCCACUGAGGCACUGGGAAAGCCCCAGAACUCCUACCCCACCAGCUCGGGAGCAAAUAGUUAAGCCACCAGUUCUUAUAACUCCUUUGAAUCCUAGUGUCCAAAGUCAAACAUUGAUUUCUCCAAUAGAAUUGCCUCCCAACUUGGAAAAUGAUCAGAAAAAUGAGCAGACUCCCAAACCAAAAUUGAAGCCAUUGCAUUGGGAUAAAGUAAGGGCGAGUUCCGACCGUGAAAUGGUGUGGGAUCAGCUAAAAUCGAGCUCAUUCAAAUUGAAUGAAGAAAUGAUUGAAUCAUUGUUUGUUGUCAAUACUCCAAGUUCAAAUCCUAAUGAAAUGACCCGACGCCCGGUUCUUUCAUCUCUGAGCCAAGAGAAUAGGGUACUUGAUCCAAAGAAAUCGCAGAACAUUGCAAUUCUACUGAGGGCACUGAAUGUGACAAUAGAGGAAGUUUGUGAGGCCCUUUUAGAUGGGAAUGCGGAUGCACUUGGAACUGAGCUUCUUGAGAGUUUAUUGAAGAUGGCUCCGACUAAAGAAGAAGAACGUAAGUUGAAAGAGUACAAAGACGAUUCACCAUUCAAACUUGGUCCUGCUGAGAGGUUUUUGAAGGCAGUGCUUGAUAUUCCUUUUGCAUUCAAAAGGGUGGAUGCAAUGCUCUACAUGUCCAACUUUGAGUCUGAGAUCGAGUACCUCAAAAAGUCAUUUGAAACUUUAGAGGCAGCCUGUGAAGAACUGAGGAACAGUAGGAUGUUUUUAAAGCUUCUAGAAGCUGUACUAAAGACUGGGAAUCGAAUGAAUGUUGGGACUAACCGUGGAGAUGCUCAUGCCUUCAAGCUUGACACACUCCUCAAGCUUGUUGAUGUCAAAGGUGCUGAUGGGAAAACCACUCUUUUGCAUUUUGUUGUUCAGGAGAUAACAAGAAGUGAAGGUGCACGUCUUGCUGGUACCAACCAAAAUCCAACAUCCACAGUCAAUGACGAUGUUAAAUGCAGGAAGCUUGGUCUGCAGGUUGUUUCUGCUCUCUGUUCAGAGCUCACAAAUGUGAAGAAAGCUGCUGCUAUGGAUUCAGAAGUGCUUAAUGGUGAUGUCUUGAAGCUUUCUAAAGGAAUUGGGAACAUUGCCGAGGUUGCACGAUUAAAUGAUACAAUGGUGUCCGAUGGAAAAAGCAGGAGAUUUUCUGAGUCGGUGAACAUGUUUACAAAAAUGGCUGAGGAGGAGAUUAUAAGGAUUCAAGCCCAGGAGAGCGUUGCUCUUUCUCUAGUUAAGGAGAUAACUGAAUAUUUCCAUGGGAACUCAGCCAAGGAAGAAGCUCAUCCUUUCAGAAUCUUCUUGGUCGUGAGGGACUUCCUUACUGUUCUUGAUCGUGUCUGCAAGGAAGUUGGUAUGAUAAAUGAGCGAACCAUAGUCAGUUCUGCCCAUAAAUUUCCAGUUCCAGUGAAUCCUACGCUACAGCCAGUUUCUACUAGUUUUCCUGGAAGAGUCCAUUACAGUUCCUCUGAUGAUGAGACCUCGUCUCCUUAAGAGGUUAUGGCUCAAAACAGGUGACAUUUUUGUCGAUUCAGAAGCUUGUCCUGGGAAGUGCCUGUCGAAAAUUUAGAUAUUUGCAUUUUCAUUUUUGUACUUACAUAGGUCCAUGUAAAAAAAUUUCAACAUUAUAUCAUCCCAUAGAUAUAUAUAGAGGUUAUUUUCUUUUGACAGAAUAACGCAGUGGCCUCUGAAUGGUCAAUUGACUGGUAAACUUGUAAAUAGCUUUGAUCUAGUGAUGCUAUUCAGUUUAACAAGCAGAU